CGGAUCUUCCUCCGUCUGACUUGAAGGAACAAAAUUAAAUGCGGAAGUUUGACUGAGUCAGUUUAGUUUGUUGAGCUGAGGAACAAAAGCAACACGUUGAAGCUGAACUGCGCAGCUGGAAACUCUACUUUUCUGCGGACCGGAAGAAACCUGAACGCUCCAUCAUGGCUGGAGUUUACUCCGCGACGACAGCUCCGAACCCCAAAUCCUCCUGGUUCAUGGUCCCGUCAGAAAAUCUGGAUAAGAUCCGCUGUGGGAUUAAAGUCAUCGAAGUGCUGCUGUCCUUCGUGGCCUUCAUCACGGAGGAGGUGGUCAACAGCUGCAUCAGCUGCACGGCUCUCUACUUCUUUGAGUUUGUCAGCUGCACGGCCUUCCUCUUCACGCUGCUGCUCCUCAUCCUCCUCUCCACCACCCUGCACACCAGGGUGGGCAUCAGCUGCUGGCCCAGCCUGGACUUUGGUUAUACCGUCUUCAUCUUUGUGUUGUUCUUCAUCGCCUCCAGCGUCUUCGCUUCAGACAACAGUGGCACCGUCACGGAGAAAUUUGCUGUGGUGUUCGGCUUCUUGGCGACGGUGAUGUUCGUCAUUGACCUCAUUUUGUUUGUGAGGAAUCGCGGGCUUCCCUUUAAGAAAGAUGGGAAGCCGGAGCCCAGUAACGGCGGCCCGCCGAUGGUGGAGGCGGGCGCACUAGAGACGGCGAAACUCAACACGCCGGCCAACGAAACAGAUUAACUCUGUUUCUAUAGUUUGUUACGCAGACGUCAGAUAAUUUUACGCACUAUUCCUUUAACGUGACGACAGGAGGCGGAGCUUCAGCGAUGUCCAUUUUUAAAGUCAUUUUAAAUCCUGUUUUUAGUCAUUGUCGUCCGCCACAGCUGAGGACGCUCUGCGCUGCGUUCAUCAAUGUAAUCAAUCUUCCAACAAUGAAUCAAUCACCGUGCAGAGCGGGUUGUGUUCUGUGAUCUUAAAGAAACAGGAAGCAGAUGAUUAUUAAAAAUUUAAAACCAUAUUUCUGAAGGAAGAACAGAGACACUAAAACCACCAAACCACUAAAUGUUCUGCUGUAAAGUUGAUUUUUAAGAUUUUAAACAACACAAUGAAUCAGAUCAAUUUAUGGAUUUAUUGUCCGUCAUUGCAGCUGUACUGCUUUUCUUUUUUUAUUGAAUAUCUUGACAUUUAUUAACGAAUUUUGCCUAAAUUGACAACGAAAAUCAAAUGUGUCAUAAAAUUCUCUUAAUUCACUGAAAAUUAAACUGUUUUUGGUAGAAGUCUCGUUGGGUCCAAGAUAAAUCUGAGAAUUAAGAAUAUUUUAUUUAGUAUUAAUUAUUUAUUAUGUUAAUUCUCUCUUAAAUUAGCUUUUUAUUCGUGUGAAAUAUUGAUGCAGAAAAUAACUUCCACAUUGAUCCAGAUGAGAGAAAUGUUAAAUUAAACAGCUCCAUCUGCUGGUUUAAGUACAAAUAGAAAUAAUCUGAAAUAAAGCUGAUGAUUUUGACUUUCUUCAACAAAAAUAUGAUGACAAACAGUCAAACAUCGAGUCAGACAUGACUUGUUGCUGCUGUCAAUGUGGUUUUCUUUUAUUUAAAUGUUAUCUUUAAUCAUUAUAAAGAUGCAUAAAGAAACAUGACAUCCGUCAUUA